AGGAAGUUAACUAUUGCAUGGUGAGCUAGCUAUUCAAUCAGUAUAUAAAAGAGAUCUUGUGUGAGAACAUUCAUUCCAGCCAUAUAAUUAUUUUAUACAAAUUAAUAGCUACAAGAUGUAUACAGUGAUAGCAGUAGCAGCCAGAGCCUCGAGGAGGACCCUAUUAAUCAAGCCACUCUGUUACCAGCCACAGUCAGUACGAGCUCUGAGCGUCAGUUGGACCGUGCUUGCAGACGAGCCGGGAGCAUCACACUUUAAGAACUCGGCAGUUAAACACCCCCUAUCAAACCAGCUUUCGUCUGAUGAGAACUCCCCUGUUGAUCCCCGUGGCGAAUCUUACUCGCUACCUCACCCGAUAUGGAAUGCGGCCGAAGUUGACGGGGUGGAGGUAACACACAAACCCCCCACAGGCAAGGUUGACAAGGCUGCCUUCUACUGUAUGAAGCUGCUGCGUCUUGGGUUUGACCUAUUCUCUGGUUAUGGCUGGGGAAAAUGGAUGAAUACACUGGAUGAGAAGCAGUGGCUCACACGGGUAAUCUUCUUAGAGACUGUUGCCGGGGUCCCAGGUAUGAUGGGGGCCAUGAUACGUCACAUGAAGUCGUUGCGUUACAUGGAGCGGGAUAAUGGGUGGAUCCACACGCUAUUAGAAGAAGCAGAAAAUGAACGGAUGCAUCUCCUCACAUUCCUAGAGCUACGGAGACCCGGGCCAUUAUUCAGAGCAAUGGUUAUGGGCGGCCAAGGUGUGUUUGUGAGUAUGUUUGGAGUGGCCUACGUCUUCAGUCCUCGGUUCUGUCAUCGCUUUGUUGGCUAUCUGGAGGAGGAAGCAGUCAUCACUUACACUCAUUGUAUCCAGUGUAUGGAUGAAGGCAGUCUGCCCAUGUGGUCCAAGAUGUCAGCCCCUUCCAUAGCUGUCAACUACUGGAAGCUCAAAAGCAACGCAUCCUGCCCCCCUCCCUACAUAAGCCCAAGCCCUGAAGCAUUAUCAUCCACAUUUAUCAACAAUCCACAUUAUCAACAACGCUAUUAAUACAGCUCUCAACAAUAUGAACACCUUCAUCCUACUAGCCGUCUUUGCCACCAUUGCAUCAAUGGCCGUCGCUGCACCAGCUGGAGACACCCAAGCAGCUGCACAUCUCCGCAACAGACGCUCACAGUAUUCCAAUCUCCUCAACAGUAUUCUAGAGUUGGCAGAGAGACAAGAAGCUGAUGUUGAUAGUGACACGCUAUUGGAUGCUCUAGCUGGAGCUGAGGAGUACGGUCUCCUUGACAACGAGGAGCUAGCGGACCUACAAGAUUACGUCGACAAGCAGGGCAUGCUCACCAACCUGCUAGGAGGACUAAUGGGAUGAGAGGACUAUCAUUAUAUCAAGUGUAGCUAGAACAAAUGACUUGUUAGACUUAGUCCAUUAAUUGUGUGAUGCUAACACGCAUGUAUGUACCUGUG